AUGGCCUUCAAGUUUAGUAUUUUGAUACUAUCUUUUAUCAUAGUGGUUAAUUUUGUGCCGGGACAUACUGAAAAAAAAGUUUUAAGAAAAUCUUAUGAUUUUGUUCGUGAACAUUAUGAUUUUGGUUUUUGUAAGUCCGAAUUUUUAGAUUUUGCAGGUAAAGAUGAAAAUUUAGAAUGUGUAAAAGAAUAUUGGAGAGAGAAUUCAGUUUCAUUAGGAGACCAAGAUGAAAUAAUGCCAGACGAAUUUAUGAACCUCGUGUAUUGGAUUUGCAAAAAACAAGGGUAUUCUGUACAAGAAUUCCUUGACAUGAGCAUGCGAAAUAUGAUUGUAGCAGCUGAAGUCAUACACAAAGCUUACAAUUUCACUCUAGAGAAAUACAAUGGCGGAGAAGGAAUUGGUGAAUUCCAGUUUAUAGAAUUUUUGGGUGCUAAUAAUUCACAAUAUGUAAAAGAAUAUUGGAGAAAAAAUUCAGUUCCACCAAAAGAUCAAGAUAUGAUAUAUUUUAAGGAAUUCAAGACAAUCGUAUAUGCGAUUUGUACCCAACGGGGUUUUUUUGUAUUUGACUUUCUCGACAAGCGAAUGAAAGUAGCAACAAAAGAUCCCAGUCUAGCUGUAGAAAUUAGUAUUGUUUAA